CCUUUGGGCUGUUUUCUGGUAGGGUCUAGAGCGUUCUGCACUGCUCUCCAGGUCGCCGGUGUAGAGUACGAGGGUUUUCUGGAUCUUUCCGAGAGUUUAAAGAGAGGAGAAGAUGUUUGGAAGAGCACCGAAGAAAAGCGAUAACACAAAGUACUAUGAGAUUCUUGGCGUGUCAAAGAAUGCCAGCCAGGACGAUCUGAAGAAGGCGUACAAGAAAGCCGCCAUCAAGAAUCACCCUGAUAAAGGUGGAGAUCCUGAGAAGUUCAAGGAGCUUGCUCAGGCUUAUGACGUCCUGAGUGACCCUGAGAAACGUGAAAUCUAUGAUCAGUAUGGUGAGGAUGCGCUCAAGGAAGGAAUGGGUGGCGGUGCUGCUGCCCAUGAUCCAUUUGAUAUCUUCUCAUCCUUCUUUGGUGGUGGAUUUGGAGGGGGUAGCAGCAGAGGAAGAAGGCAGAGGCGUGGAGAGGAUGUUGUUCACCCAUUGAAGGUUUCUCUGGAGGAUCUGUAUCUCGGGACUACAAAGAAGCUUUCUCUCUCCCGUAAUGUGAUAUGCUCGAAGUGCAAUGGAAAGGGGUCAAAAUCUGGAGCUUCAAUGAAGUGCGCAGGUUGCCAGGGUACUGGUAUGAAGGUGUCUAUCAGGCAACUUGGUCCUUCCAUGAUUCAGCAGAUGCAGCAUCCUUGCAAUGAAUGCAAGGGUACUGGUGAGACCAUCAAUGACAGGGACCGCUGCCCUCAAUGCAAGGGAGAGAAAGUUGUUCCAGAGAAGAAGGUGCUGGAAGUCGUUGUUGAGAAGGGUAUGCAGAAUGGACAGAAGAUUACAUUCCCUGGCGAAGCUGAUGAAGCGCCGGAUACAGUUACUGGGGAUAUAGUCUUUGUCCUUCAGCACAAAGAACAUUCAAGGUUCAAGAGGAAGGGAGAGGAUCUCUUUGUUGAACACACCCUGUCCCUCUCUGAGGCUCUGUGUGGUUUCCAAUUUGUAUUAACCCAUUUGGAUGGCAGGCAGCUACUCAUCAAAUCAAAUCCUGGGGAAGUUGUGAAGCCUGAUUCCUUCAAGGCAAUUAAUGAUGAGGGGAUGCCCAUCUAUCAGAGGCCCUUCAUGAAGGGGAAGUUAUACAUUCACUUCACGGUUGACUUCCCUGACUCUUUAAGCCCUGAUCAGGUCAAGGCACUAGAAGCUGUUCUCCCCCCAAGGUCAACUUCUGGGCUGACAGAUAUGGAGCUAGAUGAGUGUGAGGAGACUACACUGCAUGAUGUGAACAUUGAAGAUGAGAUGAGGAGGAAGCAGCAGGCCCAGCAGGAGGCAUACGAGGAGGAUGAUGAUAUGCAUGGUGGUGGUGCUCAGAGGGUGCAAUGUGCUCAGCAGUGAUAAUGGUGAAAAUUUAGACUGAUUUUAAGUGUUGUAGAAAGGUAUAUGUGGGCUGAUCUCCAUGUGGUAGUGUAUUAGAAGUACGUGGUUUUGUUGGUCAUUGGGGAUGCUAUUGUUGCCAUAAAUUAAACCACAAAUGCUAGAUAUAAGGACUAAUUCUGUACCCUUGAGUGUUGACAGUUAAUAUCUGGCCAAGUUUUCCGCUUCCAUUUUGCGCCUCUUGGUGACAAAAUUGAAUAUCCAUUCUAUUGUUUUCACAAGCCAGUAUCGGAGAUGCUAGUCGUUUGGAAUGAGUACCUUGGGUUACAGACGACAUGAUAGAACUGGUGUGUUGCCAUCACAAUUGCAGCCUGAACUAAAAACUGAAGUGUCAGGAAGGCAAAAGAGGUAAAAGCGGACAGAACCCAUAAACUAGUGUCUGGUUUGUUCGAUGAAGUCUUCAACCCAAACAUGCAAUAAAACGGUACUCUAUAC